AAAGAGUUACCUUGGACUUGGUGUGGUAGACGUCCUCCGUGCCACAAGUGAGAAGUUGUGUCCACCUUCCGCCGACCAACCUUCCAUCAACCGUCAACCAUGGCUUAGCAUGGGAGCUGGAGCAGCAGCUGGACUGGGAGUCGCUGUUGUUGGAGUCCCAGUCCUGCUUGGAACUCUGGGUUUCACUGCAACUGGAAUCGCCCCUGGAUCCAUCGGCGCCUGGAUGAUGUCCGCAGCUGCCACAGCCAAUGGAGGAGGAGUCGCUGCCGGGAGCCUCGUUGCCACACUGCAGUCCUUGGGUGCUGCAGGUCUUUCCAUGGCUGCCAAAGCUGCCUUGACUGCUGGAGGAGUGCUGGCGGCUGCCGUGCUCUAAUGAAAGAUCAGCCUCCUCCUUACAAGAAAGGGAGGGCUUCAUGCUUUAAGAAGGGUGCUUUAUUGCUGCCCCCGAGAUGCACCCCUCCUGCAGAGAACCUGGCUAUUCCGCUUUCUCUAUUGUUGCUUAAGAACAUCUUUUUUAAAAUUCAAAUUUAUUUAACAUAUUUUUAUACCGUCCCAAACUCACAUCUCUGGGCAGUUUACAACAAACAAACAAACAAAAAGUUAUAACAUUAGUUAAAAUAAACGACAACAGAAAACAUAAAACAGUCGUUAAAACAAAAUAAAUGAUAUAGUAAAAGUUAAAACAUUACAACAACUUGAAGACAUUCUUCUUUGCCAUGAUCCCCACCACCCAUUAAGAUGAUCCGGAGAGGUUUGUUUACAGUUGCCACCGGCCCGCCUUGUGGCUACUUGGGGACGGGCCUUCUCCAUUGCUGCCCGGAGGCGUUGGAAUGUGCUCCCUGUUGAAAGAAGAGCCUCCCCGUCUCUGACAACUUUUAAAAGCUUUAGUCAAGACAUAUCUGUUCACCCAGGCUUUGAAUUAGAUGUACAGUUUUGAUAGUUAACACAUUUAAUGGGUGUUAAAUUUUGGAUUGUUUUAAUGUUUUAAUCGUGUAAACUGCCCAGAGACAUGAGUUUUGGGCGGUAUAGGAAUUUGUUAAUUAUUAUUAUUAUUAUUAAUGGUAAGAACAGGCUUGCUGAGACCUUGCUGAAGACAGAGGGGCAAUCUGACCACCGGACCAUCUGGCAGAACCAACAUAUACCACAAACUCUGCUCUUCAAGCCAGAGCACAGCACAGUGAAAAAUGGAGGCAAAAUAAAUCAAGUUGGAUAUUGAGUGUGUGUGUGCUGCAUGUUGAUUCUGAAACCUUUUCUGCCAAGUAGGACAGAAACCAUCCUAUAAUGACAGGACUGGACGCCAUGAUAGCCAUUCUGGUUGUCUCUAUAUUCAGGCUUAUGUUAUGGCAGCAGUUCAAUAUAUAGAGCAAUAUAAAGAGCACCUAGCAGAUGUUUAGCUACUAUUAUCAGCUGGUUGCGGUUGUGAUUAUUGUACUUUUGCACAUCUUUAAUAAAACUGCUUUAGUUUUAAAUACUC